UCAUAUUUCCAUUUUUUUAGUUUUAGUUUUUUUUUUAAAAAUUAUAAUUUGAAUUUAGGUUUGAAAAUUUGUUUGAAAAGUUUUUGAAAUUUGAAAAAAAAUGCCACCAAAUUCAUCAAUUAAUGUUCCAAAAAAUGGUGUUAUCAAACGUAAUAUCAAUGAUAAUACUAUUGUUGAUGAUAAUGAUGAUCCAAAACAAAUUGUAAGCCGUGAUUAUUUACGUGUUCGUUCGGAAAAAGAUGAUUGGAAUUGUUUUGAACAUAUUAUCUGGAUGAAUGUUUUCUGGUUUACAUUAUUGCAUUCAUUAUCAAUUUAUGGAGCCUAUCUAUUGUUUGUUGAUGCAAAAUUUUACACCAUUUUGUUUGCACUUUUUACCUAUAAUGUUUCAUUGUUCGGUAUUACGGCCGGUGUACAUCGUUUAUGGUCACAUCGUGCAUAUAAAGCAAGAUUUCCAUUACGAUUAUUACUUGCAUUCUGUAAUUCGAUGGCCUAUCAGAAUUCAAUAUUUGAAUGGGCUAGAGAUCAUCGUGUACAUCAUAAAUAUUCGGAAACAAAUGCCGAUCCAGUUAAUAUUGAACGUGGUUUCUUUUUUGCACAUAUUGGCUGGCUUUUAUGUCGAAAACAUCCGGAUGUUAAAAAAUUCGGUUUACGUUUAGAUCUCAGUGAUCUUAAAUCAGAUCCAGUUGUUUAUUAUCAGCAUAAAUAUUAUGUACCAUCAGUAAUUUUGAUGUGUUUCCUAUUACCAACAAUUAUUCCAUGGUAUUAUUGGGGUGAAAAUUUUUGGACAGCAUUUUUUGUCUGUGCUAUUCUUCGUUAUGUAUUGGCAUUACAAUCUACUUGGCUUGUUAAUUCAGCUGCACAUAUGUUUGGCAAUCGACCAUAUGAUAUUAAUAUUGCACCGGCUGAAAAUAAGGCUGUUUCAUUUUUGACUUUAGGUAUUUUGUUUUUUCUAUUUUGUUGUUUUUCUAAAAUAAUUAAUUUCGAUAAAUCUAUAGGCGAAGGAUAUCAUAAUUAUCAUCAUGUAUUUCCAUGGGAUUAUUCUACAUCCGAAUGGGGAUGGAAUAUUAAUCUAACAACAUUUAUUUUGGAUCAAUUUUCACGUAUUGGUUGGGCAUAUGAUCGUCGUUUUGCAACUAAAGAAAUGAUACGAUCAAGAAAAAGUCGUACCGGAAACACACAACAUUACGAAGCUCAAGAACUUGGCUAUUAGA